CAAACAUCAAAUCAGACGCUAACAGAUUCAUUAUCUCCAUCCCCUAAUCCUGUGUCACCUGUGCCUUUGAAUAACCCAACAAGUGCCCCAAGAUAUGGAACAGUGAUCCCUAAUCGCAUCUUUGUAGGAGGAAUUGACUUUAAGACAAAUGAAAAUGAUUUAAGAAAAUUUUUUUCCCAGUAUGGGUCUGUAAAAGAAGUGAAGAUUGUAAAUGACAGAGCUGGAGUGUCCAAAGGGGUCUAGUAUAAUGCCAGCAGCUGGAACAAUGUAUCUAACAACUUCAACUGGAUAUCCUUACACUUACCAUAAUGGUGUUGCUUAUUUUCAUACUCCAGAGGUAACUUCUGUCCCACCACCUUGGCCUUCACGAUCUGUAUCUAAUUCCCCUGUGAUGGUAGCUCAGCCAGUGUAUCAGCAACCUGCAUAUCAUUACCAGGCCCCUGCACAGUGUCUACAGGGACAGUGGCAAUGGGGUGUUCCUCAGUCACCUGCUUCUUCUGCUCCAUUUUUAUACCUGCAACCCUCUGAGGUUAUUUAUCAGCCAGUGGAAAUUGCACAAGAUGGUGGAUGUGUUCCUCCUGCACUGUCUCUGAUGGAAACUUCAGUUCCAGAGUCUUAUUCUGAUCAUGGAGUUCAAGCAACGUAUCACCAGGUUUAUGCUCCAAGCGCCAUUGCUAUGCCUGCACCUAUGAUGCAGCCUGAGCCAGUUAAAACAGUGUGGAGCAUUCAUUAUUAAGACAAUUGGGCAGCUCUAGUCCAGCUCAACUGAUUUCUUGUCCAAUGAUCCUUGUGUGGCCGAGAUCCAACUUCAACAAACCGGCUAGAAGCUGCCCGUUGUGAAAUUUAGGGUUAGUUAAUACCUCACCAUACUACAUAUUCCAACUAUAAGCUGUCUAAAUUUGAUGAAAUUUGCCCUUUCAGCAGUUCUACAAAAUAUUUAGAUAGGUGUGGCAUGAUGGUUUUUUAUAUGUAUUAAUCUAACUAUAGUGACAUUUUAUAUAACAGAUGUUUUAUCCAUUCCAUAAAUAAUAACUAAAUUGAGAAU